UUUCAGUGUCUCUCUUAAAGAUUGAUAUAUGGGAUUUCCACAUAAAAUCUUAACCAACAAGAACAAAAAUUAAAUUACAGAAAUGGACUAAUUUAAUGUAAUUUCAUGGCUCCUACUUGCGUAUAUGCAUGUCUCGCACUAGAUUCCAGCAUAACUUAAUUCUUUUGAUCACCAAUUUGCAGACCCAUAUGCUACUGUUACACCUAUAUAUCUUGUACCAUGUUAACACUAGUGUUUUGUAGCAGUGGUGAUGACGAUAUUGAGUUUAAAUUUGUCUGCCUCAUAUAGAUAUCGUUUAACGACUCAUGAGCGGAAUUCUAACAUUCCGGCAAGAUUAGUUAACGGAAAUUCACCGGAAUGUCUCAAGUCGACGUCUUCAUAUGGUGGACGUAUAGAUUCAUCAUCUUAUUCCAUCGGUAAAAACUUUCAAGGAAGAAAUGGAAAAGGUGCAAAAGGAAUCGGAGGUAUUGCUCCUAAAAUAUUAUCAGUAGCAACAACUGUCAGCUCAGGCUCGUCUGGCCUUGGACUACUUCUUGAUGCAUAUGACGAUGAAUAUGGUGGUGUAAUCAUCGAGCCAGAGCACUUACCCUCAAACGCAAACGCAUUUGUAUCCAUUCUUCGCACUUCACUCUCCAAUUGGAAACUUAAGGGUAAGAAGGGAGUAUGGCUCAAGAUAUUGCAAGAACAGGCAGAUCUUGUCCCAAUUGCUAUCAAGGAGGGUUUCGAUUAUCACCAUGCGGACCGUGGGUAUAUAAUGUUAACAUACUGGAUACCAAAUGAUGAACCAUGUGGUCUUCCUGAUGGUCCAACUCAUCAAAUUGGUGUUGGAGGAUUCGUGAUGAAUGACAAGAAAGAGGUUUUGGUUGUCCAAGAAAAUGUAUGCCCAUGUCAAUGCUCAGGUGUAUGGAAAUUGCCUACUGGUUUUAUCAACAAGUCUGAAGAGAUAUUCUCUGGAGUUGUGAGAGAAGUGAAGGAAGAAACUGGGAUCGAUACGGAGUUCUUAGAAGUGGUAGCAUUUAGACACGUCCACAAGGUGGCUUUUGAGCAAUCAGAUUUGUUGUUUGUGUGUAUGCUCAAGCCUUUUUCCUUCGACAUAAGGAUCGACGAGAAGGAGAUACAAGCAGCAAAGUGGAUGAAUCUUGACGAAUUUCUUAGUCAAUCCUUCUACGAAGAAGAUCAUAUGUCGAAGAGGGUGAUUGAUAUUUGUGUCGCGGCCUGCGAAGAUAAUUACAGUGGUUUUAUUAAUCAUCACUUAACAUCAAAAUUUGAUGGAAAAUUGUCUCAUCUCUACUACAACCAUGAGAUGGUAAAAAAAUUCUAGUUAUGAUAUCAAUCAUUCUUAAGAUCGCAUAAGUGCCUCGACUAGAUUUAUUUUUCUGUUUUUCUCACGGUUAUCUUCGAAAAACUAUGUGACAUCUUUAAAAUGUGCAUAAAGAAGGAGAAAAAUAGCAUCAUA